AUGGACAAGACGAAUCCUCCCGACUUCAACCCUUCGGGCCACUUCGAUCAACUCUCAUCCAAAUAUGACGACUUGAUCGGUCUGAUGACAGGUGACAUUGGACGCUAUACUUUGAAGGCACUCGUCAAGCCGCCGACCUCAGAUAUGGUGAUCCACGACAACGCGUGCGGCACAGGUCUGGUCACAGAAUACCUCCAGCACGUCUCCUCCACUACGGGCACUUAUCCAAAGAUGAUCCACGCGACAGACUUCGUGCCCUCAGUAACCAGGGUCAUGCAGAAGAAAGCCGCGCAACAGCAGUGGAAGAACAUCGACAUCUCGGUCAUGGACAGCCAGGACCUCACGUUUCCGGACGGCACCUUCGACCUCAGCAUCACCAACUUCGGGAUCUUUUUCCUCCCGGACCCCCAGAAAGGGGCGGACCAGAUCUACCGCACACUGAAACCCGGGGGUCUCGCCGUCGUCACGGCGUGGAAGGAGCGGAGGAUGAUGGACACGAUCGCCGCGGCGCAGAAAAUCAUCCGGCCGGAUCUGAAGCCCCUGUACAGCCCGUGGGGGGAGCUGUGGUCCAAGGAGGAAACGCUGCGAAACGUUCUUCUCAACGCGGGCUUCAAGGCUGAGAACGUGAAGAUUGUGGAGAAAAGGACAGACGCGGUGGUAGAACCGUUCCUCCAGGACCCGGAGAUGGUGGCACGGUCGUACCCAGCGGCUGUGGAGGGCUGGAGUGAACAGGACAAGGCCAAAUUGGGCCAAGAGAUAUUGAGAAUUGCCCGUGAGAGGGAUCCCAAAGGCGGGGGGGUGGGCGGUCUCUACUCCGUCGCGUACAUCGCGAUAGCAAGAAAGUAA